CGAGAUGUUAUUGUAGCAUACGCUGCUGUUUGCUGCUACUGGCACUAGGCAAUGUCCUCAGACCUUGAGCGGCAUUGCCAUGGCCUCUGCAGAGCACAGAAUGGCGUCAAAUUGCAAGUCAACAAGGGUCUAUUCGCAACUCUAGUCAAUGCACAUGCAACAGUCAUGUCUCAGUAUAAUCUCGCAGCCUGUUUACCGAGGAACCGACUGAGGCUACGAAAUACCUCGUCACUAAUACCACCCAACCCAUCUAGUUCACCAGGUCCCUGUCACAGAGUCUCAGAUCAAUAUUGUAACGCGACAAAGAUGCUUUGUGUAAAUUAGAGUGAAUCAGUUCAUAGGUACGCAGAUGCACGUGAAUAGCUAAUCAAUACCCGUACCUAAUGCAAGCACCCUCCAAAAUGAAUACCUCGGCGCUAAACGACUAUUGAAUUUGUGUUCAUGUGUUCAAUCUUUACCCCUGGUGCCUUGCAGCGGCGACGAUGGCGAUGCUGGUAGCCGUCUUGCUCCAUGUACUUUCGGUACGUACCGAUCGCCGCAAGAUCAGGGCUGGCUGUCGAAAGGGAGGGAGCGAAAAAAACGUCCGCGGGCGUCUUUCAACACCACGCUCCCUUGCAUAACGAUAUUUCUACACCAAUCUGCAAAACUCUACCAGGCAUUUCCUCCUUGCAUUUUAUGCUGAUGCCCUUGGGCACGACGCUGCCCACAGAGGCAUCGGCAUGGAGCCAGCGGGCGUAUUACAGCCUCUCGUCACAUCUCUCAAACAUACUGGAACCAUGGGAUCACCCCUAGCAGGGAAAGGAUA